AUGAGCUCAGAAAUCAACAUCAGACAACUGUUAUAUUAUAAGUCUCUAAAUCCUAGUAUUGUCUCAGGAUAAUUGUUGAGGUCCUACUUAGUAAUCUCUGAGAACAGUUAAAACUACGCAACAUAGGCUUAAUAAAUUGAGAUCAACUGCUUAUAGUGAUUUUAGGCUAACGACACUCCAAACAUAAACACCAAUAAAUAACUUUAGAUAUGGAUUUAAUGUUGAUGAAUACGAGAAUUAUAAUUCUUAAAUUCAUUUUUUGGAAGUUUAUGAACAUCCAAUAAAAUAUAUUAAUGUAAUCAUAGAUUUAUUCAGAGUUACUUAACAGAGAGUAAAAAGAACUUAUUAUAAAUUUUAAAAUAGGAAAUUGAUUAUUGAAAUCGAAUAUAGCCUAAUUAAGUGAUUAAUCAAAUCGAAUACGCUUAGAGAUUUCUACUAUUAAUUAAAAGUAUGAAUUGAGUUAAAUCAAUUAUAAAUUUAUUUUCGAGAGUCUCUCAACUAAAAAUAUAAAUUACUCAAACAUGAUAAUGUAUAAUUUAUUGAAGAACAAUACAAAUUGUCAAAAGAAUAUCAAAGAUUAGCUAAGGUAAAAUAACUUAUGGAAGAAAAAAAUUAAUAAUUAUUAAGUCGAGUUGUUCAAUUGGAAAAUACUUUAUAGGGAGUUACACUUGAACUAUAGCAGUGA